CGGCCGGAGGAAGCGCUCGGCCUCGGCGAACUCGUCCUCCAGCUCGUCCUGCGAAGGUUACCCCGGAGACGACCGGCUGCUGUUCUCGAUGCGGGACGACGACGACAUGUCUCAGGGCAGCCUGCGGUUCAACAACAAGACCAAAGGCCUCAUCGACGCCCUCACGAAGUUCUUCACCCCGUCGCCCGAGGGCCGCAAGGCACGGCAGGAAGUGGUGGAUUAUUCACAGCAGUGCCGCAUCCGGAAGAAAGCGUGUCGUAAAGGAGAAGGAGACGAUCGAGGAGACAAUCAGGACGGCAGCGACUGGCGGGACGAGGAUGAGAAACUCCCCGGCCACGAGAACCUGACGGAAAAAGACAUUGAACUGUUCAGACACAUCCAGGAGCUCGCACUGCAGAAAGUGGGGGUGACGGGGCCACCAGACCCUCAGAUGCGAUGUCCGUCAGUCAUCGAAUUUGGAAAGUUUGAAAUCCAGACGUGGUAUUCGUCCCCCUACCCCCAGGAGUACAGCAGACUACCGAAGCUGUACCUGUGUGAGUUCUGCCUGCGCUACAUGAAGAGCCGCAGCAUCCUCUACCAGCACAUGAAGAAGUGCAGCUGGUUCCACCCCCCCGCCAACGAGAUCUACAGGAAGGAGGACGUCUCUGUUUACGAGGUUGAUGGGAACGUGAGCACAAUCUACUGUCAGAACCUGUGUCUGCUGGCCAAGUUGUUCCUGGACCACAAGACCCUGUACUACGACGUGGAGCCCUUCCUCUUCUACGUCCUGACCCACAACGACAGCAAAGGCUGCCACCUCGUCGGAUAUUUCUCCAAGGUAAGAAGACCAUGGCUGGUCCUGGUGCGGCGGGAGAAGCUGGUCUCGAACCACAUGACCCGCCUGAAGGCCCGGCCACGGCAGAUGGACGUCGACCCCGAGUGUCUGCGCUGGACCCCCGUCAUCGUCACCAACACGGUGGUGUCUGACGGAGACGAGGAGGAUGACGAGGAGGAUGAAGAGCCAGAGGAGGACAAAAGCAAGGAGGUAAAUGUAUCAAACCAAGUCACAAGGUCCCUCCGGUGUCCUGGCACAUGCGCCAAGCAAAGAAGAGGAUGGAGGAGGACGAAGACGAUGACGACGAGGAGGAGGAGGAGGAAGAGGAGGAGGAAAGAAAAGGCUUCCCGGGGUUUCCCAUCAGCCAAAGCUCUCCCCCCUCUCCUCCCUCUCCUCCCUCUCCUCCCCCCUCCCUCUCCUCCCCCCCGCUGUCCGCCCCCUGCACCAGAGCAGCUACGCCCGACUCCCCCGACAAACGGAGAGCGCAGACCGCGGGGGCGCCCGCCAAAAAACUGGCCCUGGGGGAAGGUGAAGGACAGCCCGCGGGCGGGACGGCCUCCUAAGAUCCGCCCGGUGGAGGACGAAGACGAUGAGGAAGACGAGGAAAGGACCGAGGGAGGGAAACACCCCGGCUCUGCCAGCAGCCCCCCCUCCCUUUUCUCCCUGGACAGACAAGCGUCCACCACCUUUCACUCGCUGGACAUGGCCCGGCACCCCUCGAUAACCCCCACGCGCAGAGGGCGGCCCCCCAGGAAAAAGAGGGGCCCUAAGCCCAGACUAAUAGACGGACCUGAGGGGCCGCUGCCUCUGGGGGCCGUCAGGAAGAACAGCUUCACUGAAAGCAGCGAAGAAGAGGAUGAUGAUGAUGAAGACGAUGAGGAGGAUGAGGAUGAUGAAGAGGAUGAUGAUGAUGAUGAGAGGAGGGCAUGCUCCCCCCCCACACUCACCAAGCCCACCAUGUCGCUCAAAUGCAAGAAGCCACUGAGAAAGCGUCGUUUUCGGCAGCGCAGCCACCCUCACAGCAGCGUGGUGACGGAGACCAUCUCUGAGACCACGGAGGUGCUGGACGAGCCCUUCGUAGACUCCGACUCAGAGAGGCCGAUGCCCCGACUGGAGGAGGAGACGCCGCUGGGACACCCACUGCACCGAUACCCCCCCAGCCGCUCCGCGCUGAGGCUCUCGGACCCCGCGCCCAAGAGGGGCCGACACCCCCACCUCUCAGACUCAGAGGAAGAUGAGCUCACGCCUGUGCUGAAGCCUGUGGCUGCUCUGCAGGCAGCUCCAUCAGAGACGCUGUCGGCUAACCCCGAGGUCCCAGUGAAGAAGAAGAAAGGCUGGCCCAAGGGAAAGAGCCGCAAACCCCUGCAGUGGAAGAAUCAAGGACCUGAAAAACCCCCCGCAGCUGGAGAAGGACUGGCGCAAAGUGGGGAUCCCCCACCCCCCAAAAUCAAAAUGAAGCCUGGCCGCAAGCCCCGAAGCUGGUACCUGCAGCGGGCCCAGGAGGAGGCGGAGAGGCAGGAGAAGGAGACACAAAGGCUGCAGGGUCUGGAGAAGGAGCUGCUGCAGACAGACGACCGCAGCAAGCAGCGCAGAGCCAACAGCAAACAGAAAGACUCGGACGACGAAGACGACUAUCUGCCUAAGCCUGUGGAGCAGAAAGUGCCCAGGAAGAGAGGAAGACCGCCUAAGAUCCGCAGCCAGCCCCCACAGCCCGCCCCCAAACCGACUCCCACCUCCGAGCCAGAGGAGGAAGAGGAAGAGGAAGAGGAGACUGAACAAACCUGGGAGGAAGACAAACCCAGCUGUCCUCCGUCCCGCCCCUUGCUGUCCCCGUCUUCCUCUUCCUCCACCUCAGGGCCCCGGGCCCCACCGUCCCAGCCUCAGGACACAGACAUGGGCGACAGGGAGGAGGAGGAGGACGAGGAUGAGGAGAGGGAGGAAGAGGAAUGCAGGAGCACGGGGAGCGGCGGUGGCGGCAGCAUCAACAGGCGAGCCGCGGUCACACCGGGUUCAGGAAGUAGACGCAGCGAGGAUCACGACGCAGACGACGAAGGUGACGGACACCUGGAGGACAAGAGCAACGGCAGCAAGAAGAGGAAGAGCCAGGACUCUGAAGAUGAGGACGAAGACGAGGAGGAAGAGCCGGCCUCCCGUGCCAGCUCCCCUCCGGUCAAAGAAGAACCCCAGGGCGGAGAGGCUUUUUUGGACAUGGAGAACAGCGUGGCCCGCGACUACGUCAGCAAGCAGGAGGAGGAGGAAGAGGAGGAGGAGGAGGAGGCUGAGGAGGAAGGGCAGGAGGUCAAGACUCGGCCCUCGUCAGCCGACCCGCAGCAGGAGGAGCGGCGGCGCCGGGAGCAGGAGGAGUCGGCAGCGGCGGCCGCAGCCGUGGAGACCGUCACCGCCAUGUCUGCUCCUCCCGAGCCCAUGGAGCUGCAGCCGCUGCACCAGGAGGACAAAGAGGUCACGCUGUUGAUGGAGCCCCAACACCCCCACCCGCACUCCUCUCACCCCCACCCGCACUCCGAAUUCAAGGAGGAGCUGGGCCACCAUCAGCAACACCACCCCCAUCACCACUCCAACGAGCUGGACCUGGAGACCAUGCAGGCCGUGCAGUCCCUGACUCAGGGGGAGGCGCAGGACGAGGAGGCGGAGCCACAGCCGCACCACGGGGCCUACCAGGACUGUGAGGAGACCCUCGCCGCCUGCCGGACCCUGCAGAGCUACAGCCACGCGGGGGAGGUGGAGGAAGAGUCUCUGGCGUUGGUGGAGGACUGCGGGGCGUCCCAGCACAGCAGCCCCCUCCCUAACCCCAGCGCCACGCCGCUGCCCAGUCAGUCCGUGCGCUCUGUGAACAGCCCGGGGUUAACCUCCGGGAUCAUGGACACCACUCCUGCGGGGCCUAGGGGAGGAACCCCUGGACCCACGGGAGCAGGGGGCGGAGCAGGAGGAGCCGGAGGGGGAGGCUACACCCAGAUCACACCGGAGCAUCCCAGCUCUCUGUCGGCCCCCUCCCAGCAGAACAUGGAGACUUCACCGAUGAUGGACGUGCCCUCGGUGUCAGACCACUCCCAGCAGGUGGUGGACAGCGGCUUCAGCGACCUGGGCAGCAUCGAGAGCACCACGGAGAACUACGACAACCCCAGCAGCUACGACUCCACCAUGGGCGGGACGGGGAACGGAGGGGGGAUGUCGGCCGUAAUGGCGGGAGCUUCCUCAUCGUCGGCCUCGUCUUCUUCAAACUCGGCGACCCCGUCCUCCUCACAGUCCAACAACUGCUCCUUUGCCCCCGCCCCCAGCCUUACCUCCUCCACAGGAAGCGGAGGGUCCCAACAUGGGAUGGGCAGCUGCAGCCUCAUCCAGCAAACAGGGCCCAACACUGGACCUGGAGCCGGUAAUGUGGGCGGUGCUGUGCCCCAGCCCCCGCCUCCUCCACCACCGUCCAUCACCCCCAACUGCGGCAUCAAGUCUCCGCAGAGCUGUGUGAUCGAGCGGCCCCCCAGCACCAACCACCAGCAGCAGCAGUCACAGAAGAAGGUUGCUCAUCAGCAACAAGCCUCCAACCCCUCACCGUCCGCUCCUACACCACAACAGCAGCAGCAGCAGCAGCAACAACAACAACAACAACAACAACAGCAGCAGCAACAACAACAACAGCAGCAGCAGCAUCAACAACACCAACAGCAACAACAACAACAACAACAGCAGCAGCAGCAGCAGCAGCAGCAACAACAACAGCAGCAGCAACAGCAGCAGCAGGCCCUGUCCCAGUGCAGCAUGGGUAAUGGCUUUUCCUCCACCCCCAUGAUCAUGGAGAUCCCUGAGAGUGGCGGUGGAGGGGGAGGCCGCACCCUGUAUGAGCGCAUGGGUCAGGACUUUGGCACGGGGGGCUACCCUCAGCCCUCUGCUACCUUCAGCCUGGCCAAACUCCAACAGCUCACCAACACCAUCAUGGACCCCCACGCCAUGCCCUACUCUCAUUCGGCCUCCGUCACCUCCUACGCCACCAGCGUGUCCCUCUCCAACCCCGGGCUGGCCCCGUCCCCCCACGCCCCGCUCUCUCAGGGCCAGCCCACCAUGACGCCCCCCCCUAACCUCAGCUCCGGCUCCAUGAACCUGGGCUCGCUACAGCUUCAGUGCAACAUGCCCAGCGCAAACCUGGGUCUGGGGCCCCCGCCUCACACGCAGCGGCUUCAGGGCCAGAUGGCGACGGUCAAGGGCCACAUCUCCAUCCGCUCCAAAGCCACGCAGCAGCUAGCCCCCGCCCCGCACCAGCAGCAGCUGUAUGGCCGCAGCUCGGGGCCCGUGGCCAUGCAGGGCGGCCCCCGCACCCUGGCUGUUCAGCGCGGCAUGAUGCCCAACCUCAUGCCCACGCCGGCGCCCUACAACUCCAUGAACAUGCCGCUGAACGCCAUGUCUGCCGGGUACCGGAUGCCCCAGCCCAUGAUGAACAGCGGCUACCACGGCAACCCCCCUUACAUGAACCAGCCGGCACAGUACCCCAUGCAGAUGCAGAUGGGCAUGAUGGGCGGGCAGGGAUAUCCCCAGCAGCCCAUGCAGCCCAAUCACCACGGCAACAUGAUGUACACAGGCCCCACCCAUCACAGCUAUGCCGGUGUACCCAAACAGUCGCCGUACAUGAGCAGAUGAGCAACAGAGACGAGGGAAAAAUGAUACUCGCUGAACUCUAAAUGUCCAAAUUUCUCCUGUUACCCUCUCCGGGGCUGCGGCAGGCGCCGGGGGGGCGGAAGUGACGGAGACACAGAGGGUCUAUGGGUUUCCUGUUUUUCUACGUUGUCAUUUUGUCCAUUUUCAUUUGGGCUCCCCUCCCCCUCCUAGCAAGCAAGUGGCUGGGGCUCCCGGUUUAGCGGGUUGUGUGAACAUGGACCUUCUGCUGCAGGCCCACACACUCCUUCGUCAUGUGAUCUUAACACAGGCCCGGGAGAGCGGGGGGACAGGAGGUAACGCGGAGAAAGACAAUACAGGAGAACUUCGCCUCUUCAGACUGCGAAUGAAAAACAGUGGUUUACUGAAUAUAUUCAACCAUGCACACAAUCUUUUAAUUGAUAUAGGAAGCCUUACCUUGGAAAAAAAAGAGACAUUCUGUGCAAAUCGUUUGUUUUGUUAAACAUAUUGUUGAAUCUUAUUUUCGUUGUCGUUGUUUUCGUUGUUUUUUUUUUUAAAAUACUUGUGUGCAGUCCGACCUCUUAUAUGCUUUGGUCUUUAUAUGUGUGGCAUUCUGAAAAGGUGAUACACACCCUCUCGCUCUCAGAAACCCCCGACACGUCUCUGCCGGGCGGCUUUUCACCCGGUUCCAGAAGAAGCAUCGGAGCGGGGCCUCCAGGUGUGCGAGGUGUCGAGCUGUUCCCAGAGUCUUCCCGGAUCCAUCUUGUUCUACCAAAAAAACAACAACAGCAAAGACACAGACGUUACUGUCUGUUGAAUGAAACAAGUAGCAUUAUUUUCCAGUUUGCCGCCACUCCUAGAUGUAAAUAUUCUGGUACUUCCCAAUAUCCAGCACACACACACAUACACACACUGGCUAGUGCUAAUUGGUAGCUAGCUCAGGAAAGUAAAACCUUCAGCUGUUCUUGUUCACACUCCACUGACAGACGGCAUAAUAUGUCAGCCUUUUUUAGCAGUUUACAGAACAAACAGUGGAAUUUCCAUUGAACUGCUUUAAUGAAAGUCGGUCAGCUGAAAGUGUAUGCGACCCAGAGAGGUCUGCUUUUGAAUGGUGUAUUCUGUUAAAACUGUAUAUUUUUCGUAUUUUUUUGCUGCAUAAGUCUGCACUCCCAUUAGCUAGACGUAUGGCGGGACAGUCGGCCUUUAUAAAAGGUGCCUAAAGCCUGAUCUAGUGCGCGGAUUGGCCCUCACUCAGAGGCACGCUCGUAUAAAGCAGGGUCGGAGGAAGAGUUCGAGGUUCUGUUGGUUGACUCCAUGUUCCAGUAUUCAAAGUCAAAAGAGGAGAUUUCUCAUUUUUUCUUACAGACCUGGCAUUGCAUACUUUAUUUGUGUGUAUUGUUCUCUACUUUAUUUUUGUGUUCCUUUUUUGUUUCUGAAUUUGAUCAGACUGGGCAGCUUUCUUUUAUGACACGAGCUGACUCUUUUUGACUUUAGAAAAACCUAUUGUAGAGAAAAUGUUUUUUCUAUAAUAUAAAAAGGAAACUCUGACAUUGAUAUUGGUACUGUCAUUUUUUUCACUUCUGUUUCAGGAAAAAAAAACAAUACAUAUUUUUUAGCUCGCCUCUUGGGUAAUGAUUACUAAGAAAUUCAAAAUUUAAAAAAAUUACCACUCACUUUUAGCGACUUUAAGAUGCCUUUAACCUCUCCAUUCCAUCUCAUCUCUAGAGUUUUCUAUCUUUGUGUAGUAUAUUAAUGCUAUUUUAAACAAAAGGACUACAAAUAUCUAAAGGUCACUUGGCAUUCUUUUCUUUUUUUACUUGUGUGUGUAUAGGAUGACUUCCUUACAUUUAAGAGGCAUGUAAAAAGGAGCUCAGUAUAUUUCUGUCUGUUUAUAUCGCUUCCCUUUUUGUAUCCUUUGUAAUUGUACAUGUUGCGUUGUAUGCUAACAGAGAGCGCAAAAUAAAGAGACGAGAGACAGCAGUGAAGGCGGCCUCCACUCUCUUCUCUCUCCCUGUAUGUAUUUCCAUUUAUUCUGUUUUUUUUUCUUUCUUUCUUAGCAAGUACUUUCAAAGAACUCUGUACAUUUUAACAUAAAAUGAAAAUAAAUUAUGUUGAGCCAUU